AUGACUGUCCAUGCGUUGUGGGUGAUCAACAAAGCUGGUGGACUGGUGUUCAGCAGGUCGUAUUCAGACACACUCCCUCCUCUUCCUCUGAACACCAUCCUCAUUCUUGCGGGAACCCUACACGGUAUUCAUGCGAUCACAUCUAGACUCACGCCUGCUCCUCCACCUGGACCCGUUGGAGGUCUAGAGUCAUUCGAAGCGGAGAGCUGGGGAGGACGAGUGUUCUUGACUCCGACAGGUACCAAAUUCGUCGUCUUGCAUUCACUCCCUCAUCCUGGAUUGGAUGACCUAUUGAAACGAAUUUACGAAACCUGUAGGGCUUGCUCAACCUGUGUGGACAUCUCAUGCUGA